GUGUCUGGUUUCGGUUAUGACCUUACUCAAGUGAAACAUGUGUUUGGCGUGAUUGGCGUGUGUAUGUUUGCUGUUGGAGAUUGUGGAACGAUAGUAUUUGUAAAUCAAAUUUGUAAUAUUAGUAAUAUUAAUAAUUAUAAAGUAACAACAUUAAUGUCUUCGCCACCUAUAAUAUUUGUUGAUGAUUAUGACUUUAACAUUGCUAAUGAUAAUAAUGAUACCAUAAAUUCAACUAAUCCUUUAUUACCAUCCACUUUUAAUAGUAAUGUAAGACUUUCAUCAUCUUAUCGUUGGUUGAUCUUAUUAGGAUUUUCUUUACUUACAUUUGCUUCAGCAUGUUUAUGGAUAACGUUCGCUCCAUGUUUAUACAUUUUCAUGUCUUAUUUUUCCCAAUCUCCUUCUAGUAUAAAUUCUUUAUCAUCUGUUUACAUGAUAAUGUAUCCAAUUUUAUUAAUUCCUUCUAUAAACUUUUUUAAUACUUAUGGAAUAAAAUUUAGUGUAAUUUUUGGUGCAUUUUUAAAUUCUUUGGGUCAAGCUAUAGCUUCAAUUGCUCAACUUUUUAUGUUAAGUGUACCUCCAAAAUUAGCGAAUAUUUGGUUUUCUCAAUUUGGUGAACAAAAUUUUGCUACUUCUGUUGGUAUUACUGCUAAUAGCGCUGGCGUCGCUGCUGGGAGAACGAGGCCAUUAUCAACAAACGAUACUAAUAUCAGUUACUACUUAAGUGAUAAACUGUUCAUGAUAUUAACGAUAUCUUAUGGAAUUGUUACCGGUGGUGAAUAUGCUCUAAGCACUCUAUUAUCUCAAAUGAUAUUGCCCGUGUUUGAGAAGUUUGACGAGUCAACGGUUGGAUUUUUAGGCUUCUUAAUAGUAAUUGCCGGAAUGAUUGGAUCUCUAGUAAUCGGAAUAUAUUUGGAUCGCACUUUGGCUUAUGAAUCUACUUGUCGGUGGUUAUAUGUUGGAGCUAUUAUAUCUUUAGGACUAUUUAAUAUCGCGUUAAAAUAUGAGAUGGCGGAGUUGGUGUUUUUUUCAAG